AUGCACUGGACCAGGCUUGCUCCCAAAUCUAACCACACCCUCUCCAACCCAUAUGCUGGGCUCUGCCUCCACACUACAAACCUGAGAGGAAAAAAAGGAGGAGAUCAGAGUCUGAGGAACCAUCUGCAGGAGUUGGCACCUCCAGCUCUGAUGGUGAAGGAACUCAUGGUGGUGUGGGGAGCACUGCAAGUGUUGGUGGAAUGGGUGUGGGAUCCUAUCAACUACUAUCUUGGGAACAGUACAGGCCAGAACAGUGGAGCACUUUGCACGACAGCAACUACCAGACACUAUAAAGGCUUCAACUACUCCACAGCUGACGAGUCCUUUGUUUGCCAAAAGAAGAACCACUUUCAGGUCACUGUUCACAUUGGUGUGGAUGCAGAGCCACAGUACAUCAAAACGGCCAGUGGGCCACAGGAAAUCGACUUUUUCCAGAUAAAAGUGUUCGGGGUAAAGCUGGAAACUCCAAGUCACCUUGUGACCAUUGAACAAUCUCAACCUGACCGCAGCAAAAAACCCUUUCAUCCAGUCAGGGUCAGUCUACCCGGUGGCAAAAUAACCAGAGUAACACUUGGCCGACUGCACUUCAGCGAGACGACGGCCAACAACAUGCGAAAAAAAGGCAAACCAAACCCUGACCAGAGGUAUUUUCAGAUGGUGGUUGGUCUGUAUGCUGUAGUCAAAGAUGAGAGUUUUCCCCUGACAGCUUUGGUGUCGGAGAAGAUUAUUGUCAGGGCGUCUAACCCUGGUCAGUUUGAGACGGAUGGGGACACAAUGUGGCAGCGUGGAGUGGUGCAAGAAGAUUUGGUGUGUCAGGGUCGGGUGGGCAUCAACACCGACUCCCCUGAUGAGGCACUGGUUGUCUGCGGUAAUGCCAAAGUGAUGGGCACCAUCAUGCAGCCAUCUGACUGUCGCGCUAAGGAGAACAUACAGCAGGUCGACUCUGAGCAGCAGCUGAAGAGAAUUAAUCAGAUGAAGAUAGUCGAGUUUGAUUAUAAACCAGAGUUUGCUUCCAAAAUGGGAAUAGACCACACCCACCAGACAGGUAUUAUAGCUCAGGAGGUGAAAGAGCUGCUGCCUUCUGCAGUGAAAGAUGUUGGCGAUGUCAUCUGUUCUGACGGAGAGAAAAUUAAUAACUUCCUCAUGGUGGACAAGGAGCAGAUCUUCAUGGAAAAUGUGGGCGCAGUGCAGCAGCUGUCAAAGCUCACUGACAACCUGGAAACUCGUAUCAACGAACUUGAGGUCUGGAACCGUCGACUGGCAAAGCUGAAGAGUCUGACGGGUAGUCUACGAUCCACUGGGAGACCUCAGAAACACAGCAGCAUGUCGACAAUAUCAAUACCUGAUGCAUGUAAGACUGAAAAAGUGCAAAGGGAGGAGAAAAGUCACAAAUACAGACGGUGCCUGCGGCAUAAAGUCUUCCAGAUAAGCGUCUUCACUCUGCUGGCCACUAUGGCUUUCUGUGUCAUCUCCAUCACCACUCUAUACCUAGUUAACGUGAAGGAGGAAGAUUUUGGAACCAUUCCUGGAAACAGGUAA